GAUUUAGGUUUAGCUGAAGAUCACUUCUCUCAUCCUGAGGGUUAUUUUGGUUUGAGUAAUAAAGAAGAACUAGAGUUAGCUAUUGAUACUUGUAAAGACUUGAUUAAAGAUGCUAAGCCUAAUUCAGAUAAACAUAAAAACCUGGUCAAGAAAUUGAUACAACUGAGAUUAAAAAUACAAGAAAUUAAGGAAGGUCCAGAAGAACUAGAACCUGAUAUAAAGGCUGUUACAGGACAUAAAUUUAAAAUAAAACAAAGUCGAAGUUCUAAACAUUAUUGUGAGAAAUGUAAUGCUGUAAUUUGGGGAGUGAUACAAGAAUGGUACAGAUGUAUUGAUUGUGGUUAUUGUUGUCAUUCAAAAUGUUUAAAUCAAAUCACUAGAACUUGUGCUAAAGUUAAGGUUGAAGAAAAUCCUACCUAUAUUCUCACUAUCUGUCCUCAAAAAAGUCUGGCUUCCCAAAAUUAUAGAUGUUUUGAAUGUCGUAAAAAUAUAUCAUUUAUGUCUGGUAGUAAUGUACCUAGAUUAUGUGACUAUACAGGACAAUAUUACUGUGAAUACUGUCAUUGGAAUGAUAAUAUGGUCAUACCAGCCAGAGUCUUACAUAAUUGGGAUUUUGAAACUAGAAAGGUGUCACGUUCUUCCAAACAAUGUCUACGUUUAAUGUAUUUAAAACCAGUAAUCAGAAUACAAGAUAUUAAUCCUAUGUUGUUUAAUUUUGUUGAUGAAUUAAAUGAAAUUAAGGCAAGUAAAUUUAAAUUACGAGAAGAGCUAUUGAUAAUGAAGAAAUAUAUAUUACUAUGUCAGCAAGCUAUGAAAGUCAAAUUAUUACGUAGAUUAGACAACAGACAGCAUUUUGUAGAGAGCAGUGAUGUUUAUACUAUGAAAGAUUUAAUGGAAGUACAAACUGAUGUACUGUUAUCAGAGAUAGCUCAAGUACAUUCUACAUGGGCACAGCAUAUAAAAACAGACUGUGAGAGAUGUCAAGGUAGAGGGUAUGUGUGUGAAUUGUGUCAUGAAGAUGAAGUGUUAUUCCCCUUUGAUAGUAUAGCUGUAGUUUGUUCUCAAUGUUCUGCUGUAUUACAUAGACAUUGUUUUGCGAGAGAUAAUGGUCAAUGUCCACGAUGUAGGAGAAGAGAUAAAAGAAAAGAAUGA